AUGGCGCCGAUGUACGUGGUCAAGAGGGAUGGACAGAGUCAGGAGGUGAAGUUCGAUGCUAUCACGCGCCGCAUCAAAAAUCUUUGCGAUGGCUUGGACUCCCGCUUCGUGGACCCCGUGCCCGUUACGCAGAAAGUAGUGGAAGGCUUCUACAACGGCAUCUCCACAUCGGAGGUGGACACCUUGGCUGCCGAGACAUGCGCAUACAUGUCACAGAAGCACCCAGACUUCUCCACUUUGGCCGCACGCAUUGCUGUGUCGAACCUGCAUAAAAACACAUCCGACUCUUUCUAUGAGACGUGCAAGAUCUUGCACGACUACAUCGACAAGCAGGGCAGGUCUGCGGCUCUUUUGGCCAAGGACGUUUGGGAGUUCAUCCAGGCCAACGCGGAGGCUUUGGACCAAGCCAUCGACUACAAGCGGGACUUGGGCUACGACUACUUCGGAUUCAAGACCCUGGAGAAGUCUUACCUCCUACGUGUGCAUGGGAAGAUCGUGGAGAGGCCGCAGCACAUGAUCAUGCGCGCGGCCUGCGGCAUCCACAUGGGGGACCUCGAAGCAGCGUUGGAGACGUAUGACUUGAUGUCGCGGAAGUUCUUCACCCAUGCGACGCCGACCCUCUUCAAUGCGGGGACUCCGAAGCCACAGAUGUCCUCCUGCUUUCUGCUGAAGUUGCAAGAUGACAGCAUCGAAGGUAUCUACGACACCUUGAAGCAGUGCGCUUCCAUCUCCAAGUCUGCCGGGGGAAUUGGCGUGGCAAUCUCGAACGUGCGUGCCGGCGGCUCCUACAUUCGCGGCACCAACGGCCACAGCAACGGCCUCGUACCCAUGCUCCGCAAUUUCAACGAGACGGCGAGGUAUGUGGAUCAGGGCGGGGGCAAGAGGAAGGGCUCCUUCGCUAUGUACCUGGAGCCCUGGCAUGCGGACGUUUUCGAUUUCCUGGAGCUUCGCAAGAACCACGGCAAGGAGGAGCAGCGUGCCCGGGAUCUCUUCUAUGGGCUCUGGAUCCCGGAUCUCUUUAUGAAGCGGGUCAAGGACAACCAGGACUGGACACUCUUCUGCCCCAACGAGGCCUACGACGGGGAGAGCGGCAAGGGGCUCAUGGAUUUCUGGGGCCAGGAGUUCGAGGAGCUGUACACACGCCUGGAGAGGGAGGGCAAGGGCCGCAAGACGGUGAAGGCACAGCAGCUUUGGUUCCGCAUCCUCGAGUCUCAGAUGGAGACAGGCACGCCCUACAUGUUGUACAAAGACCAUGCGAACCGGAAGUCCAACCAGCAGAACCUUGGCACGAUCCAUUGCUCCAACCUCUGUACAGAGAUCAUUGAGUACACUUCGAAGGAUGAGGUGGCAGUGUGCAACCUCGCCUCCAUUUCGUUGCCAGCCUUUGCCAGCUCGGAUGGCAGCUAUGACUUCCAGCGACUCUACGAAGUGACGAAGGUAGUGACCCGAAACCUGAACAGAGUCAUUGACCGGAAUUACUACCCGGUGGUGGAGGCACGCAAGUCUAACCUCCGGCAUCGGCCUGUGGGCUUGGGCGUCCAGGGCCUCGCUGAUGCUUUCCUCAUCAUGAAGCUACCGUUCGAGAGCGAGGCCGCGAAGCAGCUCAACGAGGACAUCUUCGAGACGAUUUACUUCGCGGCCUGCGAGGCAUCCUGCGAGCUGGCGGAAACUUGCGGGCCUUACGAGACCUACGAAGGCAGCCCUGCCAGCAAAGGUCUGCUGCAGUUCGACCUGUGGGAUCGGAAGCCACGCAGCGGACGCUGGAACUGGGAAGGCCUGAAAGGCCGCAUCGCCCAAUUCGGACUCCGGAAUUCUUUGCUUGUGGCACCCAUGCCAACGGCCAGCACAGCCCAGAUCUUAGGCAACAACGAGUCCUUCGAGCCGUACACACAGAACCUCUAUGUUCGACGAGUGCUUUCGGGCGAGUUCGUGCAAGUGAACCGACACCUCCUCAAGGACCUCAUCCAGCGCGGUUUGUGGAACGAGGAACUCCGCGUUCAGCUGGUCGCCCACAAUGGCAGUGUCCAAAAGAUGGACCUGCCGCAGGAUCUCAAGGAGCUGUACAAGACUGUCUGGGAGAUCAGGCAGAAGGUUGUGCUGGACAUGGCUGGAGACCGUGGUGCCUACAUUGACCAAUCGCAGUCUCUGAACAUCCACAUGACGGAUGUGACCACUGCCAAGCUCUCCUCCAUGCACUUCCACGGCUGGCAGCUAGGCUUGAAGACCGGCCUGUACUACCUCCGAACGAAGGCAGCUGCAGAUGCUAUCAAGUUCACCGUGGAUGUCCAGAAGCUCGGCAAGACCGCCAGGUCUGACAAGUCAUUGGCCUCUGAUUCAGAUGCCUCCACGGCAGUGUCCGCGACGAAAGGCUUGGAGGCCUCUGCGAUCGAAGCUCUGAAGGCUGAAGGGCCAAAGUACAGCUGCGUGAAUUGCAGCGCGUGA